ACAAAGACUCUCUGGCUUCACUGACUCCCUGUGCCUGGGUCAAUAUCGUGAGUCUGACAUCAAUAUUUUUAAAAAGCCUGCUACAUCUCUGAUCUGAGUAUGCAUUGCAUACAUGCUCCAAUUGUUUUAGAGCUACAAAGUCCCAUACAUACAUCAAUUAUGAGUAAAAAUAACGUAUCCUCUUUUUUUUAUUCUGCUCUACUCGUAGCACUGUGCAUUGCGGCUACUAAUAUUUUCCUAGUGUCAGCAACUGUGAAUUCAUCAUCAUUAUCAUCAUUAGAGGCCAAAGCUCUACUCAAUAGCGGUUGGUGGGGAAACUUUUCUUCUGCAAAUCAUUGCCAAUUGGAAAGCAUCGGUUGUAAUCAGGCAGGAAGUGUCGUUCAGAUUGUCCUUUCUCCUUUUUCUUCUUAUCCUUGUUUUCCUUAUUAUGCUCCUUGUUCUUACUAUUCUUCUUAUUAUUCUUCUUAUUAUUCUUCCCCCCACCGAAAGCUUGAAAACAUGGAUUGGACUUCCUUCCCAAACCUUGAAGUUCUCGCUCUCAAUGACUGCAACUUAACUGGAAGCAUACCCGAGGAAAUUGGUACUCUGUCAAAGCUCACCUACCUUGACCUCUCAAACAACAAAAAUCUUGAAGGUUUGCUACCUCUUACCCUGGGAAACCUCACCCAACUAGUAGAACUUUACAUAUAUUAUACUAAUAUCACUGGUCCAAUCCCUUCAUCUAUUGGUCAUUUGACCAAUUUGACAUAUCUCCAUCUUUCUUCAAAUCGACUCAACGGUUCCGUCCCUCAAGAAAUAGGAAUGCUAAAGAACUUGGUUUAUAUGGCUAUGGGUGAUAACAUUCUUAGUGGUCCAAUCCCUUCAUUUAUUAGUCAAUUUAUUGCGCUGACCGGUCUAAAUCUUUCUUCAAAUCGAUUCAAUGAUUCCAUCCCUCUAGAGAUAGGAGAUUUGAUGCAAUUGGCACACUUGGACCUUAGCCAUAACCUCCUUACAGGUAAGAUCCCAUCUUCAAUAGGUAAGUUGACUAACUUGAACUUUUUUGAUGCAUCUUCAAAUCAAGUUAAUGACACAAUACCCACUGAACUUGGGCUUUUAUCCAACCUUAGACAUCUCGAUUUGUCAUCAAACCAACUUUCAGGCCAACUACCACCAAUCAAAGCUCCCAACUGGUUUCAGUAUCUGGACCUCUCUCAUAAUUUUCUGAAUGGACCUAUCCCAACCACAUUUGCAUGUUUGUCGCAAUUACAGUACUUAAAUCUCUCCCACAAUAAUCUCUCUGGCGAAGUCCCAUGCAGUGUUUACUCCAUAAACGGUCUUGACUUGUCAUACAAUCCUCUCAACCGUCAAAUCCCACAAUAUGGAUAUAAUUGUCCACCCCAUGAUUGUCCAACCCCAUCACAAGCCCCUUCACCAGCCCCAUCACAAGCUCAUUCACCAGCCCCAUCACAAGCAAUUAACAAGACUACCUGCUGUAAAGCCAUAAAUUCUUCCAAGAAAAGAAUAGUGAUGCGUACUCUCCUCAUUUCUCUCCUUAUCAUAGUUUUCAUUGGUUUACUUGCAUUUGCGUGUUUUUGUUGUCGCAAAACCAAUAAAAAAGAAGCUAAGGAAAGAGCAAUGAAAAAUGGGGAUAUUUGCUCGAUAUGGAAUUAUGAUGGAAGAAUUGCAUAUGAAGAUAUCAUCAAAGCAACAAAUGACUUUGACAUCAGAUAUUGCAUUGGAACUGGUGGUUAUGGCAGCGUGUAUAGAGCUCAAUUGCCGAGUGGAAAAGUAGUUGCCUUGAAGAAACUCCAUCGUUUCGAAGCAGAGGAGCCUGCUUUUGACAAGAGUUUUAGAAAUGAGGCGCAAAUGUUAACUAACAUACGGCACCGAAACAUAGUGAAGCUUUAUGGGUUCUGUUUGCACAAUAGAUGCAUGUUCUUGGUAUUUGAGUACAUGGAAAGGGGAAGCUUGUUUUGUGCCCUGAGAUUUGAGGUCGAAGCUGUUGAAUUAGGAUGGACUCAGAGGGUAAACAUUGUUAAAUCAAUAGCACAUGCUCUAUCCUACCUGCAUCAUGAUUGCACCCCACCUAUUGUUCAUCAGGACAUAUCGACAAACAACAUUCUGUUGAACUCUGAAAUGGAGGCUUUCAUUGGUGACUUUGGCACUGCUAGAUUAUUAUAUCCUGAUUCAUCGAAUCAAACCAUAAUUGCAGGGACUUACGGAUAUAUUGCCCCAGAACUUGCCUACACAAUGGUUGUGACUGAAAAGUGUGAUGUUUAUAGCUUUGGGGUAGUAGCACUAGAAACAAUCAUGGGAAGGCAUCCGGGAGAACUCCUCUCAUCAUUAGCAUCGCCGUCUUCACAAAACUUAAUGCUAACUGAUGUCUUAGACUCACGCAUUCCGCAUCCAACUAAUCCAGUGGUUGUAAGGAACAUUGUUCUAGUUGCUAUUGUGGCACUUGCAUGUGUGCAUUCUGAGCCGAGAUCUCGUCCAACAAUGCUAUGCGUAUCUCAAGAGUUGCUUGUAUGCAAGAAGACUUUGGCAACACCUUUUCGUACAAUUUCACUACGACAGCUAUUGAAUCCAAAAAUGGAUUUUACACAAAUAAAGGAAUAAAGUCAAUGCAUGCGUUCUCAUCGGAAUAAAAAUACCCCUUUUGAAAUGUUGAUUAUCAUUUUUUUAUGGGUCAUGGGUGUUAUAACUAUUAUUUACAUAUGAAUUUUUCACCUACUUUUUUCCAA